AUGUCAUUACCAAUAGAUGAAAGUCCUAUAAUAAACGAGGACAUCGAAAACGAUGUAACGAGUAGUCGGAGAUCUCUGGUUCAAACAGAAAGAGUUGAAGAAACAACAGGAUGGAUCAAAAGUCGUACUGUAUUGGGAAUAAUGGGAUUCCUUGGCUUUGCCAAUGUGUAUGCAAUGAGAGUCAAUCUCUCUGUUGCUAUAGUUGCAAUGGUAAACUCAACAGCUCCAGUACCAUCAAAUGAGACUUUAGAUGUAUGUCCAGCAUCACCAUCCAGUAAUAACUCAGUACCCACUAGACCUGGUGAUUUUAACUGGAGUGCAGAACAACAGAGCAUAAUCCUAGGAUCAUUCUUUUAUGGAUAUGUAUUAACACAGAUACCAGGAGGACGAAUAGCUGAAAUAUUUGGCGGGAAACUAGUGUAUGGUGUGGGAGUAUUAUUAACUGCCAUCUUCACAAUUUUGAGCCCCAUAGCAGCCUUUGUAGAUUUCAAAUUUUUCAUUGUGGUGCGAGUAUUGGAAGGGCUUGGUGAGGGGGUGACAUAUCCAGCCAUGAUGGCUAUGCUUGCGAGAUGGAUUCCACCGUUGGAGAGAUCUAAAUUUGCAGCUAUUGUAUAUGCAGGUUCCAAUAUUGGCACAGUAAUAUCCUUACCAAUAUCAGGGUGGUUAUGCACAUUAGAAUUCGGGGGUGGCUGGCCCCUUUGCUUCUAUUUAUUUGGAGGUCUUGGAGUGCUAUGGUUUAUCGCUUGGAUGUUUCUAAUAUAUGAUACGCCACAAAAGCAUCCAAGAAUAUGUCCCAAGGAGGUGGAAUACAUUACACAAACAAUUGGACCACAGGAUGACAAGCCGUCAAUGUCGAUACCAUGGUCUAAAUUCCUCACCUGUUUACCUCUAUGGGCUAUAUUGAUAGCGCAGUGCGGCCAAUCGUGGCUUUUCUACACUCAACUAACUGAAUUACCCACAUAUAUGAACAAUAUACUGCACUUUGAUAUUGUAUCUAAUGCAAGAUUGUCCGCUCUGCCAUAUCUGACAGCGUGGAUAGCGGGCAUAAUUAUAAGUGUCUUCGCUGACUGGCUGCUGGCCAAAGGGUGGAUAUCACGACUGAACAGUAUGAAACUAUGGAAUACAGUAGCGGCGUUCAUCCCAGCAUUCGGUUUGCUGGGCAUCGCGUGGGCGGGCUGUGACCGCAUCGCUGUCAUGUUAUUGCUCAGUAUAACUUCAGCGUUUGGAGGCGCUGUAUACGCUGGUAAUCAAAUGAACCACAUCGACCUGUCGCCGCAGUUUGCGGGCACAAUGUACGGGAUAACGAACGCCGCUAGUAACAUAUGCGGUUUCAUGGCGCCCUACGUUAUUGGACAGAUCAUUAGUUCAGACCAGCAAACACUGGGCCAGUGGCGCGAGGUGUUCUACUUAGCAGCGGCCAUUGAUCUCGGUGCAAAUUUAUUUUAUUUAUUCUUCGCAAGUACAGAGGAACAGGAUUGGUCUCGGCCAGACAGCGACGAUAUGACAGCAUCAGCUCCAGUAGAGAGUAUAUUAUUCCCCGAAUCUUAGGGGAUAAUAUGCGCGUCUGCACAAUAUGAUACCGCGGUUUGAGUAGUCCUCCGUUGCCAGAUGUUGUACGAUGACAAGACGUUUUGUUUUCGAAAUUUGAAUCUCGAAUUCUGUUUUGUCUUUCUUAACUGUCAUUUUGCCAUUUUGGUAUAUUUUUUUUAUUUCAUAUAUGCUAGUGAUCGAUUAUUUUUGGCCAUGUGAUACUUUAUGGUUAUAAUAUUGUCAUGCGAUAUUUUUAUUAAUAUCCUAUAUUCUAUUUAAUUGUAGUUUGCAAUUAACAUAUUUAAACUUGCCCUUAAUUUUAAAAUUAUACUUAUAUUAUAUCAACUUAGAUACAAUAAAUCUUUAAAAUAUUGAUUGUACGGCAACUGGCUAUUGACGACGGAUUUUAGAAGUGUACGAUUGCAGUGCAGGCACGUUUUUAGAUGAAUGUUAUAGUAAUCAUAGUGAAACAAGAGAAGUGAGCUACUUGAAUUAAACCAAUCAGGAAGCGCUGAUAUGAAAAAUGACAUUUUAUUAUCCAAUCAGAUGUACUUGUUAGCUAUAUAUUGAGACUUGUUAAUUUAUGUAGAUGAUAAAUAGUCGAUAGACUUAUAUCUCUCACACAAAUCAUAUAAUUCCUAAUUAGAUAUAAUAAUAUAUAUAAAUUCUAUGCGUGAUACGAGAUAUGAUACGAGUGUCGAAUAUAAAGUAUUUUUGGCAUGUAUAUUUUUAUAGAGAAGGUGCUAAAGUUUGUAUGAGUCAAUGUUAAAAUUAUUAGAAAUAUCAUAACAGUUAUUUAUUCGGAAUCUUCAUUACUAAUGCAUUUUCAUAAUUUUAUAGACGUUUUCGCUCUCAUAUUUAAAAAAUUCAUACCAUAAAUUUCUCAUGCCUGUAUGUUCCUAUAAUAAAUUAUUAAUGAUAUCUACUAAUUUUUAAUUCAACAAUAUAAAACUUGAAAUACUAAUAAUAAUUAAUUUAAUAGCCGUUUAUUUUUCAUAAUUCAAUUGCACUCAUAUUACCAGUGCAUGAAUCAUAGCAGUACUCCAUUGCAUGGGACAUAGCGAAGAAAUUGAUAAAAGCAUGCUUUUUAUGAAAUUUUUGACCUUCCAGUCUCACAAUUUUUUAAUGUGGAAAUAUCGUAUGAAAGGG